UAUGGAAAACCCCUACAUAGUAAUGCACUGCAUAGCGUACGUAAUGUCUACUACAUUUUGCUGAUUUAGAAUACGUGUCCUCGGACUAAGUAUGUGUUGUGUUAGAAGUCUGUUGACAAGAACAGUACAUAACAGGAACUACUCGUGCAUUUGACCAUAAUAUGAAUUAUAUAUAUAGCCUAACUGCUUUACGGUGAAGGAAUAUAUUUGGAGGGUACGCUAGAACUAAAAGUUACACUUGAAUUCGCCACGUGAACAAACGACACAGCCCACCAGUUAGCGUGUAAUUCAAUGCAGAUAUCGCGUUAGAAAGAGCUCGAAGUGACUCGAGACGGAAAAUUCCUCUUUGUACAUUGCAGAUAUUUUCUUGGAGUGACUCAGACGUGAUAAGUGAGUUGAUGAAACAUAAUUUUGUUUCAUUCUUGUUCGGACUUGUCUUAAUUAGGUCAUUCGAUUGACCUCGCAUCCAGGUGACCCGUGGGCGGACAGUGCAGUGUCAGCUAUUAGUAUUAAACUGAUUGAAUCAUCACUAUUAUCUAUUUGAAAGCCACAUAAUGUCUACCAUGAAUGACGGAGUUGAUCUUUCGUCAUUUUCAGAGUCUAUGGAUGUAGACUUUUUCCCGAAUCUUUCGAAUGGGCUUCAGCAAGAUUUUGGCGCCGACAUUGAGCUUCUUGACAGCAUUAGCCUUUCGGACCUUCUUGCUAGCCCAAGUCCAAACAACGGAUUUACACACUUCGACGCUAUGGAGGCUAUGGAGGCAAACUCUUCGGAAGCAGCCGCUAUUCAGGUAAAUCCUGAAAAUGAUGGAGGUUUUUCCCAGAACUCGUAUAUCCAGAGUCCUUUCAGCAACCCCAUGUUAAGCGCCGUGUCACCGAUGACCCCACAGGCCCACGCUGUUCCUGUCGUCAGUCUCGAUGAUGGCUCGGUCCAAUCAGAGAGGAUUGAUAGCAGUCUAGCAGACAUUGAUCCAAUGCGGGUGAACUCGGAAAAUGUCAGAGAAACGCUUAUGGCAGACCCUAAUGCACUUGGAGAGAGCCUUGGAUCUAUUGAAUUGAAUGCAACAAGAAAUGCCUCAAUACAGUCAAUUGAACACCGCCAGGUACCUUCGGCUAGUAGAAUGGCUACACAAAGACAGGCUCUACCGGACAGCAGUCAAACCCAAGCCAUAUCUGGUACCUCUGCAAACGGCACAACUGCAACAUCUGGAGGGUACUUCUCAGAUUACGAGUUGCCGGAAUUUGACCAUUUCAAGGUAAGCGUCAAGUUCAUGUCUACGCCCAUGUUAGAGAAGGUCGUCACCAAGAAGGGAGGAUGCUUACUUCAUUAUCAGCCAUCAGACCAAGCUCCUAUCCUUGUACCAGAUGAGGUAGAAAGGAUAUCGAUUCCAGUCAAGACCAAGAACGAAAAGGACGGCUCCCUGAAAGAGUUCCCUUGGGUCAAAGAGAAACAGAAGCGAUUCACUGAGUUGAUCUUGCAGGGCUUCCAUCGAGGAGUUGAGUUUUACUCGCGAGAAGGGAACAUCUAUGUGAAAAGAAGUUCGAAUACCAAGCUCUUUUGGCAAAGCACUCAGGAAGAACCCGGUAUAGCCAAAGAGCUGAGUAGGAACAAAGAGACUGAAGUCUUCAACUGGGGAAAAUUCCAGCAAUCCCUGGGAAUUAGCGUGGCCUUGGGGAAUCGCACUAAUCUAAGACUGCCUGCAGUCUGGUUCAGCUUUGCCCAGAAAUGGGACAGGGAUUCAUCGCCUAUAACAACCAAGUUAGUAUGGGCCAGGGUUGAUCCUACACGAGCUUGUGAGAUGGUGAAGAACGUCAACCCUGAUGUCAGAUCAACUGAGUACCUGGAAUCACUACAUUCCAGCCUAAUUGGCAUUUCCAAUGAAGCCAGUCAGAGUGUCUCACAAUGAAUAUUUCAUUUCAAAUUCUUUAUUUCCAUUGGGGAAACAUACGAACUUAUACAUUUUACGUAAAUACAAACAGUUCAUUCUUGUUUACAUAAAAACACACAAAUGAUUUUAAGUAGAAUGUGAGGAUGUAAAGAAGGUGAAAAGGGGUAACUAUAGAAGGCUUCUAAUAUUAGUUUGAACAGAUACCAGGCAUAUAAAAUAAACAAAUAUUUCAUAUUUCAACCAUUUUCUAGAGCAGAUGUGUUGCAUUGUAAUUGUUAAUAGAAUGCAGAGCGGAUGUUGGAACUUAAUGAUUAAGUUUCUGGUUAUUUCUGCCAUAGGACGUUGAUCAAGAAGAGAAAAGGAUUGCUGUCAUUACAGUAUGCUAAAAUCAUGUAUCUCGAUGACAAUGUAUUGUCUUUAUAAGAACCGGGCUCUAAAGAGUCGUUAAAUACUCUUUAGAUUUACAAGAAACUUAGUGGUUAACAAUUUCUACCUGACAACGACGAUAUAAGAAAUGAAAAAUAUUGGUUUAAUGACUUCAGUGACCUUUCUUGUUGUCGAUUUGUAAGUUUACUUGUUGGAAUGCCUAGCCAUUUACACAAUGUCAUAACAACAAAGGGGAGGCACGGGGCACAUGCCUCUUCAGUCGGUUGACUAUAAAGGGGAAAAAAGAGAGAGAGAGAAGGAAGACAACGUGAAAAGAAGACGAUACUUUUCUCUUCUUCAUAUCCCUAAACGAGGGCCCUGCUUUCUCGCAUUUCAUCAAUCUAGUAAGGUCGAUACCCGUCCCCCCCGAUGAGACCAGUGACUGCGCUCCGCCACUACGUUCAGGUGGACAUUUACACAAGGAAUACAAAUAUUUCUCAUCACGUCACACCAUGCCCAUUUACUUCCAGCAUUUGGUCUAUUUCUCGAUUUCCCUCUUUAUAUUAUUUCUUUCAAAACAAAUUUUGCUCCCUUUCCAUAUUGUGUAAUUCAUGUACAUAACUGCCUUGAACAUACAUGAAUAUAUUCAUGGAAGUGAAUGUAGUUGUUGUUAUUGUGCAUGCGCUAAUUUGUAUAUUGCAAUACUUUUUUAGAAUAAAAAAGUUUUGACAACUGGACUAAGAACCUUUAAUCAAUUAUAACCACCAAGUGAAAUAAAGUACUUUUUAAAAAUACUACUUUCAGUUUAAUUAACUUUACAUUUAUAUUUUCUUACCUUGAUUUCAAAUCCACCAUUAAAGUAAUGGUUCCGUAUUAAAAUGAGAGACACUCGCCAUCUGCAUAAUACUGCCUAAACAAUGAAGUACGAAUACUUUGUUGUAUGUAAAUUAUUACUGUAUUGUACAAAACUUACGCUUUGCAAUGUAAUAUUAAUGUUUUGUUCUGUGUUAUUGUUAUUCCUUUUCUUUUUUGUUCAUAGAUAUAGGAAGAAGUAAAUUAUAUAAUCUAGUCUGGUAUGACCAUAUUUAUUUGAUAGGUGUGUCUUUCAAAAGCACUACCUUUACAUUUAGAAUCCAAAAUUUAUAUCUUCUGACUCCAUUACCCGAACCUUUUCAUUAACCUUAUUUCUCUUUAUUGAGAAGAAAUAAAUAUGGAGGAAUUUUUAACUUAAACCUAUUUCAUACAGAUGGGAUCAUUUAUAUUGAGUUUCAUUGUUAUUUGUAAUUUAUAAUAAAAACAUAUAUUGAUAGUGUUAAAGAUGUACUGUGGAAGUAUAAAACAUCUUACAAGAUGCGAAACUUUCAAGGUACAAGAUAAACAAUCUGUUCAUGUAUCCCUGUCAGUAUUUGCUGAGUUCGCAAGUAUAUCCUGUGUUACAUAUUCUAUUCCGGUUUUGUUGAGAAAUAUGCAGAUGACUUUUCUUUUUUGCCCAUUGUACAGAUAACUUAUUGUAAAAAUGGUUGAAUAAAGAGCUCAAAAUGCAUUAAAA